UCGUGCGAAAUUAAAUUUUUGACGUAAAAGAUAUUUUACAAACCUCCUCCACCCCACCCCUCUAAUCUCUUGGCCUCUCACUUGAAUCUGCGUACAAAUCACGAACACGUGGAACUCCUUUUGCUCUCCUCUCUCUCACAAACCCUACGAUCUUCCUCAAGAUUAGAUAAUGAAAGGAGGUAAAUCAAAGACCGAGACCAGGAGCUCUAAGCUCUCUGUGACCAAGAAGCCUGCGAAGGCAGCAGGCCGUAGCAAAGCCGCUGCUAAGGAUCCAAACAAACCAAAGAGGCCUGCCAGUGCCUUCUUCGUUUUCAUGGAAGAUUUCCGUCAGACUUUCAAGAAGGAACACCCAAAGAACAAAUCUGUUGCUGCUGUUGGAAAAGCUGCUGGAGACAAGUGGAAAUCACUAUCAGACGCUGAGAAGGCACCUUACGUUGCUAAGGCUGAGCAGCGCAAGGUCGACUAUGAGAAGAACAUGAAGGCCUACAACAAGAAACAGGAGGAAGGUCCGAAGGAAGAUGAGGAAUCUGACAAGUCAGUCUCAGAAGUUAAUGAUGAAGAUGAUGCUGAGGAUGGUAGUGAUGAGGAGGAGGAUGAUGACUAAUAAGUUGGAAGUUUGUAACAUUAGUAUAGAUGGCUGCAAAGAUCUCUCUGUUUUCUUUAAUCUUAAAAUGUUUAUGGGGCUGAUUAAAAGGUGUCUUUUAUCUUUCUUUUCGUUUUGGUACUUCCCACAACCUAUAUCCCAUGUUACCAAAGCCCUUUGUACGGUGAAAGUGAAAUGUAGAAUGUUUAGAUGGUGAUAAGAGAGACUUGCAGCUCUGUACUCUUGUGUUCUAUAAAACGAUUUACCUUUUCUCAGUCUA